UUUGAAGUAAAUAAUUUGUUAAACAGAGCAGUAGUUAAAUCAGAAUAUUAAAUUUCGGUAGUUAAAAACCUUAUUUCCUGUGUUCAAUGGACAAUGCCGACAAAAGUGAAGAGAAAAUUCGUGCAGUUAUAUUGGAAGCAAAUGAUGAAGAAAAUCGACAGACCAACAUUUGCAGCUAUUUAGAGAAUCUACAGGAUCGUCUCAAGCUGACCGUAAAACAGCAUUCACAAAUAAUUAACUCAUCGGUAAGCUUGAUCAAGGAACUAGGCGAGGUGUCCACGAUGCUGACAUUAAGUCAAGCGGGCUCAGAUCUGCAGAUCACGAAGAUCAAGCGCUUGAUCAUGGAAUUCGAAAACAUGCAUUCUGGCGACUCUGGUCAAGCUUUAAGCUGCAACGAAGUGAGAAAUCUUCAGGGAAUUAUUGCGGAUUAUCGACGUCUGGACGAAAGUCAUUUGCUGCAAGACAGUCUAAUGUGUUGCAAACUGGCCAAUGAAUCAUUGAACAAAGUGCAAACAAUGAUGAAUCAAUUGACAGCAAAUGGCUGGAGAACGAGUGAAGCAUCGCCUCAGGGCAGCCAAAUUUUAGGUGCUAGUCCGAGUGCCAAUUGUAGUUUGCGGGAGAAGAUACGGGCAUUCAAUCAAGCCUCUGAGCAGGGCAAGAAUCCACUUCAAAACUUCGCAAUGUGCUUCAGCAGCAAGAGCAACACAGAUAUUAUGCCCAACCGAUCCCACACGAACUCCGGAUACGAGGGAGAUGUGGACAGUGAAGUAGAUAAGUCGUUGCAAUCUUGAUACAUAACAAAUUUCAGUUUUGAUAAUGCAAGCUCA